AGGUCUCUGUGACCCUGGACACCACAGUGUUGAGAUAGACUGGCACCUACUGUUCCCAACCAAAGCCAAACAACUAAUACUGCCAAGGACCUCAAGAUGAACACGUGACCUCGUGUAACCUAAGGAGAGAAAACUCCAUAACACUGUACGUUUACAAAGUGCUGCUUUGAAGCCAAAGAUCCUGCUCCAUCCGCCUGCUGUCUAAUCUAAACAUCAGCAGAGACGUACAUCAUCGGCGGACCUGAGGCGAAUAAGCCAUAAUAAGUUUUUUGUACCAGGCUGUAAACAUGGAGACUGCCUCACUCCUGGAACCAGCCUCAAGCGGCUGCUCUUUUUUUUUCUUCUUUUUUUUAAUCUGUACGUAUGUUGAAUGUCGGCAUUUCACAGGAGGUGAGCUGACACCUCUACAGCUACAGACAGUCUCAGAUCAGGGCACCAAGUUAGCUACCAGCAGCCCUGCACGUUACUACAUUACCUCUUUUAAACAGCGUUACUCACGUGACUGUACCUCAUGUUGAAGUAGAUGUAAGUUUACACUUUAAAAAAAAUGUUUGUUGUUGUUGUUAUUGUUUUGUGUUUCGUAUAUUUUUUUUGUAGAAAGGUAGAAUGAUAAAUGUGUAUAUUUUGAUGAAUCAAGCUGGUGUCAUACCUCGACAAUGGACUUUUAAAACUUUUUACAACUCACCUCGAAUCACCUGGAUCAGUAGCUGUUUGUAAAUUUGAUCCAUUUUUUAAUUUUUAAUAUAUUUUUAACAAAUAUCCAGAAAUCUGGUGUCAACAUCAUUAAAGCACUUUAAACUUUCAUUUUUUUUGUGAUAGACCAACCUUCUGUUUGUGUUUUAUAAUUUUAAUAACACAACAUUUAGAUCUGCACAGAUUUUAAGAUUCACAGAUUCCAGUUUUUUUGUUAUUUUGUUGCACUGAAUCAAAGUCUUGUGACAGUCCGUUGUUGUUUACUGAACAUCACACCUGAUGCACUACAGAGCAAAAUACACUGCAGACAUGACAUGACUGUGUCAGUUUAUCCUCUGCAACAUAAGGCCUAUUUUCUCUGCCUCCUGUCCAAAAUGACCUACCCAAAAUAAAUGGAGUAUAUCUUCACAACUACAAGCGCUGUGUGUAUAAUGUUGGUCUCAAAAGAAAGCUAAGACGUGUGAGAUUACUACAGAAGUCAGAAUCAAGAUAUUUGUUACUGUGUUUGAUGAAGGUCGAAAAUUUAAAAACAACACAUUACUUAGAGUGAAAACCUUCUUUGAAACAGAGGAUAGAGCCCAGUUCAUCUAUGAAUUAGUAAAGUAAUAUCUGAUGAGUGUCUGUGCUAAAACUUUUACAGAUGCUUUAACUCAGUUUGUCCAAGUGUAAACACCACGUGUGCCAUUUGGGCACAUUUUGGCACCAUAUGCCAUUUACCUUUCUCAUUAUUACAAUUGGUAUUAAACUUUACAAAAUAUUAGUAUAAUUAAGAAUGAAAACUUUGCAUCUUUUCUCUUUGCUAUUGUUGUAAAAAACUACUUUUUGAGGCUUGAACUUUGUGCGUUCUGCCCAUUGAAGCGCUAAAGUGAAACUCACUGAGGCAUUGCGCGGAUCAAUAUCUCGGCAACCCAUUGGUCGAUUCUGAUGAUUGACACCUCUAUCGAGCAGUCAGAGCGAGGAGACUCUUCACCUUUGAAACGCCAAUGAUGAUCCAGAAUGAGGUAAACCCAAAGGUAAUAUAUCUUGAUACUUGACUCUAAAAGCAACCGAUGUCUGUAUGUAAACAAUCAGGACCUUCGUGAUUCAUUUCAAACUAAAUGACACAUCUGGUACAGUCCAAAAAAUCAGCUCCUUACUCCUUUCCUAAACACUUUUCCUUGACCUCGAUAGAAAACGUCACGAGGUCAUAAGGAAAGAUGUGAAGGAGAGGUCAUAAGGAGUUAGGAGAAGACCACAACGGCGAAUGUUCUUGACGUGACCUGUGGUAAAACUACAAAGUCCAGAAGAUGGACUACAAAACUGAAACUAGCAGAAGCACUACAGUCGAGAAACGUGUGAUUCAAUGUUGCCUCUUUUGAAUGUAUUCUUGUAAUAUUGUGAUACUAUUCCAUUGUGAGACAAAACACAACAUUAGUUUAUUCACAGGUGUCCAGCCGUGCUUCACCUCUUUGACUAUUUUUGGAUUAGCCAGACAGCCAGAGCAGCAACCUGUGAAGUCUCAGAGACUACAUGUGUUACAGAGUCUCUGUUUACACUGAGGUUUACAGUUCUUACACAAUCAGAACCAUGAAGAGAUGAGAUGAAACAUUCAGGUGAUGCAAAAAACAAACUGAGACUGAGCUGCACAUUCCAAAACAAAACAAGAUAUCAGAUAUAGUUAUCAGUGAUCUGAUUGGUGACUCUGUUCUGAAAUGUAACCUGCCAAAAAAAAAAUACAGGAAAAACAACACAAGCUCGAAGUUCAGUCCAGGGAGGGGAAGUGGUGAUGACUUCUAACCACAGAGAUGAAAAGUGAGUUCAGUCGAAAAUAAAGACCUGAACCUGUCACUCGACAUUCAACUGUCUUUGUCAGAAGAUUCAGGAUUUGCAUCAGAAAAGAAACGGUGUUAAAUCUCUGUCAGUGUUUUGAAGUGACAUGAAGCACAAAGUAACUACAGAGUGAACUUUCCAGGAGUCCAGCAUGCUGCAGCCAAAGAUCCAGCCCAGUGAUGGACUGUCCUUCAGGGCCUGCAGUGUUUUCAUCUUCAUGGUUCUUCAGUCUGUUGGAGAGCAAGCAGAGUUAAUUUGUCCACAUCAACCAAUCGUGGCCCUGGCUGGUGAUGAUGUCAUUCUACCAUGUCACCUUGAACCUCCCAUCGAUGUCAGUUCAAAGACCGUGAUAUGGACCAGACCUGAUUUAGACCCAAAGUACAUCCAUUAUCACAAAGAUGGACGACUGAAUUUUGAGAUUCAAAAUCCAUCUUAUCAUAAUCGCACCGCUCUGUUUGAGGAUGAACUGAAGAACGGAAACGUCUCCAUGAAAAUCUUCAGAGUGAAACUUUCUGAUGCAGGAGAAUAUAUAUGUUAUCUUCCAUCAAUGCCAAAGGAAGCGUCCAUCCAACUCACUGUUGGUGUCGUCUCCACGCCCGUCAUAGAGUUUGUCUCCAAUAAGAACAGAGAGGUGGUUUUACAGUGUGAGGCUAAAGGCUGGUAUCCAGAGCCUGAGGUGUUCUGGCUGGACGCUGAGGGAAACCUCCUCUCUGCUGGACCUACAGAGACAGUCAGAGGUCCUGAUGACCUCUAUACUGUCAGCAGAAGAUUGACUGUGGAGAAGAGCGACAACUUCACCUGUAGAGUCCAACAGAAGAACAUGAAGCAGACCAGAGAGACACACUUCUAUGUUCCAGAUGAUUUCUUCACAGUUCAGUCCUGUUCGAAUGAGACUGAGAUCAUCAUCAUCAUCACUCUUUGCUUUGUUUGCAUUGCUCUUCUGGUGAUCUGUGUUUCCAGGUGUGAAUGUUUUUGGACCGAGAGGAGAUUGUAACACAGAAUUCAAAGAAAGUGGGCAAGAACACCAAAGCCAAUCAGAGCAACGGGUCAGACUGUCCCAUGUUGCCCAAACAAGAUGAGCAACUGGACAACCAGGAACCAACUGAGGAUGAAAUGACGACUGAACAAACUUCAAACAACCAGAAAAACCUGAAACCUAAAACCAAGUAGUACCUUACAGAAAAGUCAUGAAGAGCCAAACGUCAGGAGUCAGAGUGAAAAUAGAAGAGAUGGAGGAACUGUGGAGGAAACAGUUCAAACUCCAGGACAGUGUUGUGGAGAAAUUGCUGAAGUCAAUGUUGAGGUCAGGAGAGAAGAAAGUGUUCAGGAGCCUCUGAUGUCUGAUGCUGUAAUAUUUACUGAAGCUCGAAGAUCAUCUUUGGAAAGACUGCAGACACGUACUGAAGAAGGAAACUUUAGUGAAGUUGGUCUGCAGUCUUUGAGCUGUGACUGAAGAGUCCUGCUUAAAUCACAGAGAGCCUUAAUUGUACUUUGCACCCUGACAAUUGAAUCGUCUCGUCAUCCUGUUGCCUUCAUUCUUCUCCCGUGCUCUUGUUCUUGGUUCUGUUUUUGUUUCUUGUCUUGGAUUAUUGGACUUGUUUUUUUUUUCUAAUUCUGAACUUUAAUUGUUUAAAUGUCACGGGUCACUUCCUGUUACUGUACCCUGACACCCUGAACCAGUGAAGGAAAGCCAAGAAUCAUGUCAGACCCAUGAGAACACUAAGACUUCUCUGGUCAGCACACCGCUAACUGAGAGUGUAAAUAAGACGUAUUUAUGUUUACAUGUACAGUGUAUGUUUGAUAAUGUGUAUACAUGCUUUUAUUGUCUUAAUCAAUUCUUGUGUUUAUACAUGUUGGUCUGUUUAAUGUUGCAGAGUGAAUGCUGCCAACUUCUUCUGUGCUGAACUCCAAAUCCUUUUCAAGUCAUUCAGGUUAUAAUCAACUUAAUCACUGAUCAGAAUGAUCAAUUAAAAGUUUAUUUAAUGAGACUGAAAUCAA